AUGGCACCAUCAAAAUCAUUAAAGUUCCACGCUGGCAAAAUACAAUACGACGAAGAAACAAACCGAUGCACACCUUUACCCUACAAGGGAGUGAUAUCGAUCAAACCCAGUGCAGAAGAACCAGACUUUCUAGAUUUCACCUGGACGCCCAAACAAGAUCAAACUCAACAGCUCAACCAGGCCAGCUCGUCUAAUAUGGAUGGGUCUGCUCUUAAUGGCAGCACACCAAUAGAAAAAGAUGAACUAUUGUUGAUUCCAGGCGACGUCACUAUCAAGAUUAUAAAGUCAUGCAAUACGGGAAGAGUAUUCGCAUUCACCUUUAUGAGCAGUGGGGCCAAGUAUCUUUACUGGUUGCAGGAUGUUGGAGACAUUGACAAUUUGAACAAGUUUACCGACAAGGAUAAUAAAUUGAUUCAGCAAAUAUCGGAGUUGGUUACCGCCAACGACGACGAGGACGACGAAGAAGAAGAACACGGGCAAGAGCAACUGAAGCACAAUGAUGAUAUCGAAGUUGACGAACCCGUCAAGGCAUCGUAAGUACCCUUUUUUUUUCUUUCGUUUUAUGUGACUAUAAUGUACAAUUUUGAAUGUGUGUGUGUGUGUGUUUUAAAAUUCAAUUUUGCUAACUAAUAUUUUUUUGAAUGUAGCGAUGAAGUUGUUCGCGAUAGAGUUGCAAGUCAACCGGAAAGCACACAGAUCAAGCUUCCAAUCAGCUCGAUUUCCUCGGUGUUGGAUAUCCCGACAAUCGAAGCACAUUUGCUGAAGUUGAGUUUACAGGAAUUGAAACAGAUGUAUGGUGAAUUUUUGCCUGCUACCGAGGCGCAGAACCCCACUAAGGACUCAAUCAUCAACAAUAUUGUUAGAAGCGGGUUUUUCCAACAAUGCGAACAAAAGUUGAGCCACCUGUUGGCGUCAGGAGACGGCGCUGGUUACCUAUUGGCGCAAAGUUUGAAAUACGAUUAUCAAGGCGAGGGAAUUGAGAAUUUCUUGAAUGGAGUAAGAAAGAUUGCGGAGAAAGAAGACGACGAGAAGAAGGAUUAG